UCUCCUGAUCUCAGAGCACCAGCACAGCGCGUCUGAAGACUCACACACUUCUAAACUCUCUCUUCAGCCACAUCUGAUGGAGGAAACAGCGGACAACUGCUGUCCUGCAGAAGGAGACACGGAUCACUACAGUAAGUCAGAGCAGAAUUAUUCAGAAAGAAGACACUUCUCAUCAAUAUUGGUGCAUAGACUCAAGGAGGACAUCCGGCAGAAUUAAUCACAGCAAUCAAGACACGACAACAAAAGCGUUUCUAACAUCAGCACAUUAAUUUACCACUCACCUCCGGGGUGGACCAUCAUCUCCAGCAAACAUGGCGAAAAUGCUAUCUGCCCAAGAGGCUGCCAAGAUCUACCACACAAACUACGUGAGGAACGCGCGGGCCGUCGGCGUCCUGUGGACCAUCUUCACCAUCUGCUUCGCCAUCAUCGGUAUGGUGGUCUUCAUCCAGCCCUACUGGAUCGGAGACAGCGUGGACACCCCCCAGUCUGGAUACUUUGGCCUGUUCCACUACUGCAUUGGGAAUCCCAUCACUGGAGAGCUGGUCUGUAAAGGCAGUGCUCUGGAUUUCGGAUCCAUCCCUUCGGGCGCCUUCAAAACCGCCAUGUUCUUCGUUGGCAUCUCUUUGCUGCUGAUCGUGGGCACCAUUGUCUGCUUCAGUCUGUUCUUCUUCUGCAACUCGGGCAGUGUUUAUAAGAUCUGCGCGUGGAUGCAGUUGGCAGCUGCGACGUGCAUGGUCAUCGGCUGUAUGAUCUAUCCAGACGGCUGGGACUCAGAGGAGGUGAAGCGGAUGUGUGGUCAGCGGACAGACAAAUACACGCUGGGCAACUGUACGGUGCGCUGGGCUUACAUCCUGGCCAUCAUCAGCAUCAUGGAUUCCCUCACAUUAUCCUUCCUGGCCUUUGUGUUGGGCAACCGGCAGGACAAACUGCUGCCAGAGGACUUCCAGGAGGAGAAGAAAGAGGAAGCAUGAAGAUCCCUGCACAUCCUCAGACUCAAUGGACUCUGGCUUAAUGCGAACGCAUUCACUUUCUGAAGAUCUCCGCAAUAAACCUUUAAACAUGGUAUUUUAUCUGUUGAAGUAAUUGCCAUUGUGAGGUUAUGUGCUAUUGCUAAUAUGUAUAUUUUCCUCAUUUUGAGAUUUUUUUCUUCAGAGCGUUUGUUAAAAGGUCAUUUUGGAGUCAAAUAAAUUUGUUAAAUGUU